ACAAAAGUUCGCUAAAAUAAAAAUAUUUUGAAAAUGCCAAUCCGAAAAUCAAAUUUCAACAGCCAAUAAUCUCAACCUGUGUUCCAUGUUGUGCAUCUCCAAGAUGAGAUGGUUAGUGUCGCGCGACGGUUGUUUUGUGGCGUUUUACAAGCAGGUCGUUACUAGAUUAGGUUCGUUGAAUACCGUAUCGUCUUCGCUUAUAAGGUGCCAAAGUUAGCACUGUCGUGACUGUAAAUAGUCCGGCGCAGUAAAUAUUGUAUAUGACAAUUGGCUGGAAUUGAGACAAAAGGAAAUAUGGGUCAAUCACUGUUGGUAACUGUAGCUUUUGCUUGUCUGAUUGCGCGGUGGGGAGUCGACGCUCUUUACUUUCAUGUUGGUGAGAAAGAGAAAAAAUGCUUUAUCGAAGAAUUGCCGGAAGAUACAAUGGUUACAGGAAAAUACAAAUCACAGCUGUGGGAUAAACGCACUGAGAAAUUCUUGGAUUCUACUCCAGGAAUGGGAAUGCACGUUGAGGUAAAAGACCCUAUGAACAAAGUGCUCUUGUCAAAAAGCUAUGGGUCUGAAGGGGCUUUUACCUUUACCUCCCACACACCUGGUGAACACCAGAUUUGCAUACAUUCUAACUCAACAAAAUGGGCCCUGUUUGCAGGUGGAAAACUGAGAGUUCACUUGGAUAUUCUUGUCGGUGAACACACAAAUGACUACUCAGAGAUUGCUGCCAAGGAUAAAUUGACUGAACUUCAGCUUCGUGUCCGACAGCUUCUGGAUCAAGUGCAACAAAUCCAAAAGGAGCAAGACUAUCAACGUUACAGAGAAGAACGAUUCAGAAUAACUAGCGAGACUACAAAUUCCAGAGUGUUGUGGUGGUCUAUCGCCCAAACUGCUGUUUUAGUUAUUGCUGGAAUGUGGCAAAUGAGGCAUUUAAAAGGCUUCUUCGAAGCAAAAAAGCUGGUUUAGCUUCCAUCGCACAUUUAAACUUAUUGCUAGGCAAAAAUUAUCCCACCCAGGAACUUUAUCUAUAAUAUUCUGUUCAGAUAUGCUUGUUGCUAAAUAUUGGCAUAAACUCAA